AUGGGAGCUGAAUGCUGGAGAAACCUUCUGUUGUUGUUGGCUGCUCUGGUCCUGACGGCCAAAUUGGGUCACUUUCAAAGGUGGGGAGGCUUCCAGGAGAAGUCCACAAGCAAGAAAAACAUGAAUUCAACACUCAGAUUCUUCAUUGAAAACUACAACAAUGUGAGCAAUGACACCUACUUAUUUCGAGUAGACAAAGUACUUCAAAGUUAUGUGCAGCUGACGACAGGAGUGGAGUAUCUGGCCACCGUAAAGAUCAGCCGGACGAAGUGCAAAAAGAACAGCACAAAAAGUCAUUCAUGCCCCCGACAAAGCGAGAAGAAGAUGAAGAAGAGCUUCAUCUGCGAUUUUUUGAUAUACACUGUGCCCUGGAUCAACUAUUAUGAGCUUUGGAACAACUCCUGUCUGGAGGCCCACUUGUAA